AUGAGAGUCCUGGGCGAAUAUCGUGUUGGCCGGACAAUUGGCAAGGGAGCUUUCUCCAAGGUCAAGAUAGCACAUCACAAAGAAACUGGGGAGAAAAUAGCUAUUAAAGUGAUAUCCAAGAAAGAGUUACAAGCAAGUUAUGAGAAGAAACAGAAGCAACGCGCUGAAAAGGAGAAGCGUAAAGCGUUACGUGAUCAUUCGGCGGCGCUGAAACGAGAGAGCGAGGGUAGGGAAGAGGAGAUUCUAAUUAGGCAAGCUAGUAUGAAUGGGAAUGGGAAUGGUGAUACAGAAGAGCAUCCCGAGAAAGGGGAGAGUGGGAACAGUGCCCAAUACAGUAAUAGUAAUCAGGGGUCUAAUGGAGGCACCGGGACUAAAUCUCAUGGGGGAAAAAUGAGUGCACGGGAGUUUGAGAGAGCACGUAGGGCAGAUGCUGAGGCCAAACAGAAGGCAAAGGAGGCUGCCAGACAGGCCGAUAAAGAUGAUGAGAUGUCUCAGCAUACCCCUGGGACAUUUAGUAAGUAUCUCAGUCGGGAAGCACGGUUAUUGCAGGUGUUAGAUCACCCCAAUGUGACGCGACUGUACCAAUUGAUUGAGACGGAGGAUACUUACCUUAUUGUUAUGCAGUAUGCGGGAGGCGGUGAGCUGGUAGAGUACAUGGCCAACGGGGGUUUAUUGGAGGUCGAAGCACGCAGGCUGUUCCGUGAGAUUAUCAGUGCGAUAGAUCAUUGUCAUCAGUGCGGCGUGUUACAUCGGGAUCUCAAGCUCGAGAACAUCCUUCUGUCUGAAGACGUACACGUACGUAUCACGGACUUCGGGCUGGGAAGACGGUACGAUGCUGAUGACAUCGAGAAUAGUCUCAGCAACACCUUCUGUGGCACACCUCUGUAUGCUGCGCCUGAGUUGGUCAGUGGUACGAGAUACGAUGGCCCCCCUGCGGACAUAUGGGCAAUGGGGGUGGUGUUGUAUGCAAUGAUGUGUGGGUCGCCGCCGUUCCAUGGUGACCGCAUGUCACAGCUGUACAGACGUAUCAAAGACGUCGAAUACACGAUGCCCGAGGAGAUGAGUGACAACUUCAGAGAGCUGAUCAGCAAGAUAUUCGUGCGUGAUCCCAAGAAGCGCAUGACGAUGAACGAGCUCAGAGAAGACGACUGGGUUACGGAUGGGAGUAAGCUGGGACCUCCCCCGCGUGUACCACCCCGGUUCAUACCUGACAAGCCUAUCAUCGAUUGUCCGAAGAGUAAGGCCGAGGAGGAUGACCGCACGGAAAGUAUCGCAUUUGUGGACAACGCGCUUGUGUAUCGGUUCUUCCCGACAGAGAGUGAGCUCAAGCAGAGUGCCGAUAUCCUGAAUGAGGGCAGCAAUGCCCAGGCAGCCGGCUCGCGAAAGCCGAUCAACAGGCGUAUGAGUUUAAAGGGAAUGAGCUUCCGCAAUCGGAGCCAGUCAGCGAAUAACAAGGAUCAUGGGUUGUUAGGUGCGGCUAGGAGCAGUGUUGAGGAUAGACGGUCCUCGCACACAGCGGGUGUGUCGGUUACUUUGAACCACAGUGCACAUCGAGACGGUACCGCUUUGCCGCACGCGACCAAUACCGGGGCGGGGUGGGUGAUUGAUAUAUCGGAUGACGUGGAGGAGGCGGUGGUGCCGCGCGAGAGGAGUGCACAUAGCCAGGAUAAGGGCAAGCGACGGUCAGCAGGGUCCGCCAAAGACUUUCGUGUGAAUGGGAAGAAACGAGAGCCCGACCCGGAGAUACCACCGGCACAACCGGCACACGGAAGCUCCUCACUGGCGCGAUCCGUCACGCAGGUACACGGUAGGAGGACCACCCUCAGCGCAGCAGCAGCUGAUAUCCCGGCCACCCAGUCAUCCACGGGAGGUAAGGCCUUCAACAGGCGACGGUCUUUCUCGCAGGCGUUGUCGCAGGGGUUACGUGUGACGCGUGCCAAGCCGUCCAGCCGGAGCGCGCAGAGCGAGGACCUGCUGGCCAUCAGGCGGGAUGUGGUCACCCCCACAGCCCCCGAAACACCCGGCGAGCGUGCGGGGGAUGAAAGUGCAGGCACCGCAGACGGAGAGAGGGGUGGGUCUGACUCGCUGCGGCUGCACGAUGAGGUGGAUAAGAUCGGCGGCCGCAGAAACACGCUGUCGGCUCGGCACACCAGUUUAGGGGGAAGCAAGUCACUGGCGAGUAUCAGGCGCACACUCAGCCGUGUGCAUAUGAGCACCCCGAAGGGGCCCAAGAAGGGCGUCUUGAGCUCUGACACGCACGACCUGGGAGGUGAGAAUGCUGGUGGAAACGAGAAUUCUGCGUUUGCUACGCUGAGAGUGCAUAGGAAUGUGGUGCCUGUACCGGUCGUUCCUGGGGAGGAAGUGCCUGCCGUCCCUGGGCGAGCCGCGCGGGCCUUCAGUGUGGGUGGAGGGGUCGACUUUGAGGCCUACAGCAGCCUGCACAUACGGAACAACAGUCGACUCAAUCCUAGUACAAACGGGGAUGGCCACUCUGCGGCUACCAUAAACAGAUCGCAUUCCCCCAGUGGUACCGGGCCGCUGGGUUUGAUGGGGUCGGCCUCGGCGAGUGACAUUCUGGCGCGUGGUGUGAGUGCUCAGGCCGGCGGCACUACACAGACCAAUGGUGUGGGUAGUACUAUGGUAGGCGGGGUUAGCGGGAUAGACAAGGAUAUGGCCAGUAAGCUGAACAACAUCUCGGUAAAUGCCGCGGCCGCCGCAGCAGAGAUUGCUGCGCUGUCCCCGAAGGCCAGGCGAGAGUCCAUGUCGCUUGUCCUGAAGAACAUGCGCAGGGCCGAAUCGGACCUUCUACAGGUGCAGGAAGGUACGGAGACGAAUGGGGGAGCACAAGCACAGGCACAAGCGCAGCCGCAUACACAGGCACCUACACAUACCCGGACUGUCCGCGGGGGUAGCUGGGCAACGAAGCCGUCGACGUCGACCGAGGGAGUGGCUACCGUUCACGAGCAUGGAGAUGCAACAAACACAACGGAGAGAGUGGCCGCGAAGCAACACCACAGUUUGGGUGACGUGUUUGAGAAACACCCGACCAAUCGUGUGGAACGAAGACGAAGUAUCGCGAGUAGCCGCGCGCCAAAUAAGGCUAGUUUACAAGCACUCGCGGCAGGCAGUAGCGAUAGGAGACGUUCUAGCACUAGCACGAAGGCGACGGAUAGGGAUGCGGCCGUAGGGGCGUGGGUCAAGGCUCAGAGUCGAGUGGUCCCGCAAAUGCCUGCAGUGAUUAGACAACGUUCGACGAGUAGUAGUAGGGGUAGCCGGAAUAGAGGCGAUACUGGGCCGCAGGCCACUGGCGGUACUGGGGCGCAGGGGAUAGGCAACGGCACCACGCAGAUGGGCAACAAAGGGUCUGCUGUGCGUCGAAACCGUUCGAUGAGCAAUAGCAUGGACAAUCGGGUGAGCGGUAAGAGUGCGGGGAAGGGACACAAAACCAAGACGCCAGAAGGCGUCAGCCACACCCAGCGGGCCAUUAGACACUCAGCUGAGGUACUUCGACAGCGGUCGACGAGUAAUGGUACCAAGGCGAGGCAGGAUACGGUUGCCAUGGCAACCAGUACUCCAAUCGAGGCUGAGGCUCGGGAGGACGACAACAGCCCCUCACAAGCGAUCACAGGCACAGAGAAUAGAGCAGGCCAGUCGGUGGUUAUUGUGGGUGGCGUGGUCGAUGACGUGGAUGAGCAGACUCAAGGGACGCUGCGAAAGCAGUCCAAGAGCAGCAUGAUGGAGGCCUUCGCCGAGGGCGAGCGACGGGUCAGAGUGCGUAGUGUGCGCGGCAUGUUCAGACUGACGUGUGUCACGGGUAAGAUGAAGCCCAUGGAGUUUGUGGCCGAGAUCGAGCGGGUUCUGACUAUGCACGGCCUGUACUACGAGUACGUGGGACAGGGCGAGUAUCUGGCCAUCCGCGUCAAGUACAACUCGCAGUCGGAGAGUGUGGUGUUUGAGAUCGAGGUGGUGCAGGUGUGGCUGCUGUCGCUGGUGGGUAUGCGUGCCAGCAGGCGUACGGGCAGUGUGUGGCUUUUCAAGCAGAUCUACUCGCAAAUCAAGGGGUCUCUGGCCAUCAACACGUGAGUGGUAUGCAUUCGCACCGACACACGCGUGGAGCGUGUACCUUAUGCGACUUGUGCGGCGGUACAAGUUAUGGCGGUUCUGUGUAUGCGAGCUUUACGUAAGUGGCCGGCACAUAUGUCUGUACUAUGGGGAACUUAUUCCUUGUCGUGUUUCUACCAUGUUAGAAGGAAUACACAAGCAGCGUCUGCGUGUGUAGUAUUUGAUCGUUGGCGUGCGGAUGUGUAGCCUGACGGUGGAUGUGGAUAUAUACCUUUACAGCACACUUCUUCCAAGUGCCCGCAUUGGUCCAUCCGCAGCCAGGCACGCAUAAGCUCACACAACUUGACCGUUAUACAUACAGACAGCAACUGAACGCGGUUCUGUAGCAAAUCUCAGACACGGACACUAAUACGACAAAUACGACAAAUAUACACCUACUUCGUAGGUCGUCUCUCAGGUGUCCUCUUCGUUCCCUCCACAGCCAAUCACUCUCUGUUUUGGACGGGCGCCCUGUGAUGUGUUCUGAAAGUGUUUACAAAAGGAGAUAUAAAUUUAGCUAAAAGCGCUUCCGUUUUUAUCAUUAACAGAGCAGCAAGCUUCUGUUAACGUUAUUCGGUUCGAAUAUACCUCUUACUAAAGCUUCUGUUACCG